GUGUGUGUGUGUUUGUUUGUGUGUGUGUUUAUGAGUUAGCUGUUUACUCAAUGACAUCAUUGUUGUUUGUGUGUUUGGGUAUUUUUACAGCAAGAUUCCGGCAACAGAUACAACUCACUACAUGUCCAACAUCAGAUGCUGAAGAACCAGCACGACGACCUGAAGAAGCAGUUCUUUGACCUGCAGGAGCAGCACCAGGUCCAGGGGGAGGACCACAGCAAGGUGGUGGACGAGCACAAGCAGCGCUACGACCAGCUGCAGCAGACCAAGGAGAUCGAGCUUUCCAACCUGAAAGAGAGCAUAUAUAACCUGCGGGAGGAGAACCGUCAGCUGAGGAAGGCCCACCAGGACAUCCACGUUCAGCUGCAGGAUGCGCGGCAACAGCACAAGGACUUAACGUCGUCACACGACAAGCUCGCAAUCGUGCUCGAGGACCACAAGAGUGCCCUGGCUGUUGCCCAGGCCCAGGUGGAGGAGUACAAGCAGCUGAAGGACACGCUCAACAAGAUGCCCAGCCUCCAGCAGGGGCAGCACGGCGCCGCUGCCCAGGAACAGAAGCCUGCCCCCGGGGAGGAGCCGGCCCAGGACCCCGCCCAGGCCAAGCUGCGGGCCCAGGAGGAGGAGGAGGGGGGUCAGAAUGAGGUGGGAGGUGCAGCGCAGGAGGAGGAGAGGAGGAGGGAGCUGGCGGAGGAGGAGAUGGAGCAGGCCGGUCAGCCCCAGAAACUGGUGGAGGACCUGGACCAGCAGGAGCAGGAGCAGGAGCACGUACACGAGGGGCAGGAGGAGGUGGUGGAGGAGGAGGAGCAGGAGCGGCAGGAGGAGCAGCCAGACGAGAACGCCAUCCACCGAGAGCAGCACCCCAGAAUGGAGGCGCAGGUGCAGCAGGUGCAGGUGGAGCGGGUGAAGUCGGCGUACGAGCAGCAGCAGGAGCAGGUGCGGGUGGCGGCGGCGCAGGCGGAGGAGCGGCGGAGGCUGGUGGCGCGGCAGCAGGCCCUGGAGCAGCAGCAGCAGCAGCUCCUGAGGGAGCGCCACCAGCGCCUGCGCCUGCAGAGGGAGCAAGAGGAGCAGCUGCAGCGCCGGGCCGACCAGCACGAGCAGCGCCUCCGCCAGGAGCAGCUCCGGCAAAAGGCCCACUAUGAGAAUCUCAAUGCAGACAUCGCCCAGGGGGAGGACGAGGGGAAGGCCGAGGAAGAUGAAGGGAGGAACGUCCACGAGGAGGAGGGCAAGCAGGAGGAAGGCCAGCCGAGACAUCACGAGGAGGAGGAGGAGGAGGAGGAGAAGCCAGUAGAGGCCGAGGUGGACCCCGAGGACGACCCCAACAACCAGGGGGAGGACGAGUUUGAGGAGGCCGAGCAGCAGCAGCAGAAGGAGGCGGCCCAGCACCAGGAAGCAGUCGCCGCAGCUGCAGCUGCCGCCGCCGCCGCCGCAGGACACCCCCACCCACUGGCCCCCAACAACCAGCACCACAACCCCGCUGAUGAGCAGCUCGUGAUGGCAGGCAACCCAGACCAGCAGGAGGACACCAUAGAUGACCAGUACCAGGAGGAGGGCGACGAUGAGGUCCAGGAAGACGUGGCUGUGGAUCACAAGGACGAGGCAGGGGAGGAAGAGGAGGAGGACCCGUACAACGAGAACGCUGAGCAGGAUCAGGAAGCAAAAGAUCAGGAGGGAGCAGUGAAGGUGGACGGCGAGCCAAAUAAAGAUCGGGCGGCCAACGAAGAGGAGAACUAUGAGGAGGAGGAGGAGGAAGAGGAGGAGGAGGAGGAGGCCGGCGGAAAAAACAAACGAAACAAUCGCAGAGCAGAGAUGUGAGAGGACGAACCACCCGCCAGCCUGCCAUUCCCAGCAGAGGGGCCAUAAUGAACCUCUUCAUGCUUUAGUCCUGAAUGAAUGCGAUAUGGAGUAGGCCUACAGAGCACGGAAUUCUAGCCGGAAUAAUGAGAUCCGCUGGGAACGGAUCCGUAUUGCCCUUCACAUGGGAUCGGAACUCCUCUGUGUCGCCAUGGAGAUGGACAAGCCACCCACUCAGAGGAAAAAAAUAGUAUAAAUAUUUGCUCAGAUUGUCUGAUAUGCCUUUAUAUCUCAGCAUUGAAACACUGUUUAAAGUCCAUAGCAAGGGGUCAGCCAACUCUGAAGAAUGGUCAAACACGUCACCGAAUGUUGUCACUGGGAUGCCUGUGUCAGACAGGUUGUUACUGUUUCAAGUUCCAUUGUAGUUAUUUAAUUUUAAUCUUUACAUGCACAGCCAAUGUGUUAUUAUUUUAUAUAUUUGUAGACAUAUUGUGAAUUGCUUUUUUUGUAAAUGUGCCAUGGAAAACCCAUUCUGACCUCCGAGGAGUGACAUAGGGCUCGGGCACACGCGUUGCAUUCUAGGAAUAUUGCCGCCAUGUUGGUAGCGCACCGAACGCAAUAAUCCAUUCAUUCAGAUGCAGAAGACAAGAAGCAGAAAAUGUAUAGUAUUGUGGGUUGCACUGCCGCUGUUACACCCCACUACACAGCAACAUACGACCAAGAAGGCAAAAACUAAGCAACAUGAACACACUAACAGGCGGGAGUAAAUCCUUACAAGGCGCACAGUAAACUAAGGAGUGAGUGAGGCUGCCAAUAUGGCUGCCCACACAGUUUUCACGUCACGAUCCCGAGCCCUAUUGUCUAGAUAUAGCGUUGUCAAGCAUGCUAGGGCCCAGCAGUGUCAGACUAGAGAAUCAGUAGAGAGAAUCUCAUCACACAUGACAUGGUAACACCAAAACAUUCUGCUGAGGUCUGCAUCUGAUAUGAGACCUUCAAGCGCUUGUGCCUUUGCCUAGUUCUUAGUCAGACUUACAUGUACAUCCGGGCUGCCUGCCCUUGAGUAUGUGAUUCAACCCUCAAAUUGAACAUUGCAGUUGAAAACGUUGUUCGAAAUGAAUGUGUCAGAGAAUGCUGUCUACCUUGCAGGGCUGUAGUCCGUUUAGACAUAGGAGAAUUGAGGUGAUUCAUUCACUUGAAAUCAGGCUUGUAUGUUAUUGAGAACUGAUGAAUGUAACACAUAACAAUGGUUCUUUUAGUGUUUGUAUGCCUUCCUGCGUCUGAUGGCAUUGGAGGGUGAAAUGUGUUGCAGUAUGCGUUUGCCAAUCAUAUCCAUUGAUCCUGAUGUGUAGAUAAUAUAAAGAGCACCAUGACUUUUCAUUUUGCAUUUACUUUUUAUUUUUUCAAAAUGUGAUGUAUUUAUUUGUCUGAUUAGUUGUUCUGGUUUCUUGGUUACUUCCCCCCUAUAAAGACAAGGCACGCUUGCACUGAACCCAACAGAGAUUGGCUGGUUUAACCACAAUUUCCACUGGUUUGGCCACAUGCACUCCCCCGCCCCUCCCCUCCCUCCACCCUCUCUCCCCCACUGUGUCAUGUCCUCUCAGCUAAGGUGACCGUUUGCUAAUGCAUAAGCACAAACGCUACCUUCUGUCAGGAGUCAUUCAAAAAGAAACAAAAUGCCAUUGGGGUAAAUGUGUCAAAAAGAUUCAGUUUGUAAUUUGGUACUUUUAUAAUAAUAUAAAUAUUGAUUGUCGUUGUGAAAUGCUGACUAACAGAAUAUUAGGAGAUCCCACUGUUCAGCUGCCAUAUAUUUUACAGUCAAGUACAUCUGAAAGCGAGUGUGUUUUUAUAAUUGAAUCUUUGUCAUUGUAAGGCCCCUCAUCUUACUCUACUGGAGUAGAACAAUGUCACUGAAGCUAUUCACCAAUCAUACAUGUGUUUGCUGCAAAACAUACAUUUUAUACAUUGAUUUUUGUACAGAGUUUUCUUACAGAUGGAAAGACCAGAGAUUCCAGAGGGAAUGUGGUUGCAUUUAAAUGUGUCUUCAUAUAGAAGGUGACGCCUUUUGGUAAUAAAGAUGGUGAAAGAUUUGAUUUUA